AUGUCGUGGCGUAACCAAGGCAUCACGGGCUCUAACAACAUCCCUUUAGGGAAGAGACGGUUUGCUGGUGAUGAGGACGAUAGUCGCACCGCGACUCCUGCGUCCGCCGCUGGGGAUCACCGUGGUAGAAGUCCUGUUCGAGCCGACCCUCCAGCUGACGGCAUCAAGAGACGCAAGAAGCGCAACCGUUGGGGCGAUGCUCAGGAGAACAAGGCCGCUGGUCUGAUGGGCUUGCCCACCAUGAUCAUGGCCAACUUCACCACCGAGCAGCUCGAGGCUUAUACUCUCCACUUGCGUAUUGAGGAGAUUAGCCAGAAGCUCAGGAUCAACGAUGUUGUCCCCGCGGAUGGCGACAGGUCCCCAUCUCCCCCGCCGCAAUACGAUAACUUUGGAAGACGUGUAAACACUAGGGAAUACCGCUACCGCAAACGCCUUGAGGAUGAGCGUCACAAACUCGUGGAAAAAGCGAUGAAGACCAUUCCUAACUAUCACCCGCCCUCUGACUACAGGCGUCCCACUAAGACCCAGGAGAAGGUCUAUGUGCCAGUGAAUGACUAUCCAGAAAUUAACUUCAUUGGCUUACUCAUAGGUCCCCGUGGAAAUACUUUGAAAAAGAUGGAGACCGAGUCUGGUGCAAAGAUUGCUAUCCGUGGAAAAGGCUCCGUCAAGGAAGGAAAGGGCCGGUCUGACGCCGCUCACGCUAGCAACCAGGAAGAAGAUCUUCAUUGUUUGAUCAUGGCAGAGACUGAAGAGAAGGUUAACAAAGCAAAAAAGCUGGUGCACAACGUUAUUGAGACGGCUGCCUCUAUCCCCGAAGGCCAAAACGAGCUCAAGAGGAACCAACUUCGUGAGCUGGCUGCUCUUAACGGUACACUUCGUGACGAUGAGAACCAGGCUUGCCAGAACUGUGGUCAAAUCGGUCACCGAAAGUACGACUGUCCUGAACAGCGAAACUUUACCGCCAACAUCAUCUGUCGCGUCUGUGGCAAUGCCGGUCACAUGGCUCGCGAUUGUCCUGACCGCCAGAGAGGCAGCGAUUGGCGCAACAAUGGCGGCUUCGACGGUGGCCGUAGGGCUAUUGGCGGCGGUGAUGCUGUUGACCGGGAGAUGGAGCAACUCAUGAACGAAUUAUCUGGUGGUGCUCCUGGACCUGAUGGCCAACCCAUGCGCCGGAUUGAAGGUGGCCCCGAUGGUUACGACGACGGAGAUAUGAAGCCCUGGGAACGCCGUCCUCCCGCAGGGGAUGUGGCUCCCUGGCAGCAACGCGGCGGCGGCCGCGACAACCGUCGGGACGACUAUGGAUCUCGCGACAACGGCGGUGCGGCACCUUGGGCUUCGCAAGGCCGUGGCGGCAACGAUUACGGUUAUGCAGCUGCCGGGUACGGCGCUCCUGGAGCCGCUGCACCCUGGCAACAGGCAGCCCCUCCUGCACCUGGACAAGCCGCUUAUGGGUAUGGGGGCUACCCCGGGUACCCCCCUGCUGCCCCUGGUAUGGCUCCUCCUGGCGCUCCUCCGGGUCUUGGUGUUCCCCCCCCUCCACCCGGAAUGCCCUCAAUGUACUAUGGCGCAAGUGGCAGUCCACCCCCACCUCCUCCUGGCGAAGGACCCCCUCCUCCGCCUCCAAGUGACCAGCCUCCGCCCCCUCCUCCUCCCGCUUAA